GAUCUUUCCAUCCCGCCUUGGUCGAUCCGGCGCCACUCGAUCCUCCCAGCCUCCCAGAGUCAUGUUGAGGCUCAGAGUUGUCGCUGCCGUUGGUCUCACCGCAUUCUUCGCUGCGUCUUCGCCUCCCGAAGACCAUCAAAUCCACUCGCUUCCAGGCUACAACGACUCGGCUCCCAUCAACUUUAAGCAGUACGCUGGUCGGCUGGCCCUGCCUCUUGCCGGCCAAGAACUCUUUUACUGGCUUGUCGAGUCCCAGCACGAUCCUGCAAACGAUCCGAUCGUGCUGUGGCUCAACGGCGGCCCCGGGUGCUCGUCCCUCGGAGGAUUCUUCACGGAGCUCGGGCCGUUCGUCGUCCAAUCUGACUUAACGGUGAAACACAACAAGUAUGCCUGGAACCGCCAUGCCAACAUGGUGUUCCUCGAAGCUCCGGCUGGCGUCGGGUUCAGCAGGCCUCUGCUACACGCAGCCGACUACAACGACAACACGACGGCCGCCAACACCCACGAGUUCCUCCGCGUCUUCUUCGACACGUACUCGACGUACCAGGGCCGCCCAUUUUACAUUGCGGGCGAGAGCUACGCAGGUCGCUGCUAA